AUGCAGGAACGACAGUUAAUUUUCGAAUCUGUUUUACCAAGUGAACUUGACCCGGCAAGAUAUUCCAAACCAGUGAUUGAUGGCAUCGAACAAGCUUUAACAGUUACGUGUACGAAUGGUAAAACAGUAACACAUAAUCCUGCCGAACCGAAAGUCGCUCCAUCGAUAAAAAAUGAUUUCGAUGAUGACGAAUUAGUUGCGUUCGCUGAGAAUUUAGAGAAUAUUUCUCCGGAAGAAUUGGAAAGACGUGCGAAGAAAAAAGAACGUCCGAACAAUCCCUUGUUCAAGUAUCGCCGCGGUGUUCUUUCUGUAUCGGAUUUAUCCGCACAGAUCUGGUGUGAACAACAAUUGUAUUAUAAAUUUCUGUAUCCAUUCGUUCUUAACGACGAAGGAGAGAUCAAACGUGUUGAUGAUAAGCCACAUAUGUUAUGCGGAACAGCAUUACAUUUGGAACGUGAGUUGGAAAUUCAGACGAAAGUCUCGAUCGAGUGUAAAACACGUGAAGAUUCUUACGGAGUGCGGCUGUUAAAUAUGGUCCAAGGAAUUAAUGGUUUAUUAACCUGGAAUAAACCAAAUGAACGAUAUAUAACACGUGAAAUGCCUAUUUUUGGAAAUAUGUACGGCGGUAAAUUGUAUUUUCGUGGGAUAAUUGAUGAGAUUAAUUACGAUCCACGAACGCAUCAGUUAGAAGUUGUGGAAUUCAAGACUCGGGCAUCGAAAACAGCGCCGAAACCGCAGCAAACGUACACACAUGAAGUCCAAGUGAAUAUUUAUCGCACAUUACUCGAUGAACUUAUUCAAGGAGAAGUCGACAAAAGUCUCUAUUUCGAACGGUUUAAUUUGCAACCAUCCACAUCAUUGUGUGAUGCAGUUAGAAAUGAAUAUAAAGACCGGGGAUUUCCAGAUAUUGAUACAUUGGAAAAUGCUUUUGAUUUAUUAAUGAGAUUAGCAUUUCGAAUGCCGACAAUUACAACUAAUGGUGCUAUUGAAUAUAUUUUACAAUCGGAUGCCACUUGGAAGCAUCGAAAAGAGUUUCAACGUGACGAAAAACAUCUUCAAGAUUUACUGAUCAAAUCCGAGCCAUUUUGGCUCGGUACACGUGAGCCAGAAGGUGUGGAUAUCGAAGAUGCCUUCAAAUGUCAAUGGUGUGACUAUGGAGAAAUUUGUGCAUGGCGUGAAGAAAAAGCCAAUGAGUUUUCACGAAAAAAGAAACGACUGAAUUGA